AUGAGCCAAUUAGGUAUGAUGGUUAUUGCUGUUGGUUUAUCGUCAUAUAAUGUGGCUUUAUUCCACUUAGUAAAUCAUGCCUUCACGGACCUCUUUUCGGCUUGCUCCUCCUCUCUCAUCCAUUUUCAAUGGACAGAGAGGAGGAUUUUAAAAGACAAAGCCCCCGGCUCCCCUCUCGAACAGCCUUCUCCACGCGGGGCUUUCAGCCCCGCGUUGAGAUAA